UCUGCAUCUCCAUUCAUCAUGGCGGUCAUUGAUCUCGUGCCCCAAGGGACCGCCUAUGGUCUACUCAUUGGCCUGGGGGUCCUCUUCUGCGGGGUGAUUUUAGUGGCCAUCAAGAUCCAGCGAGCUUAUCUGGCCGAGGACUCAGCGACAUCCGAGAUGUUUAUGGUCGCCAACCGCUCGGUUGGCACAGGGUUAACGGCCUCUGCUGUUUUCUCCUCCUGGAUGUGGAUUAACGAGACGGUGCUGUCCGCCGCAAUGUGCUAUCGCUAUGGACUGGCGGUUCCUCUGUGGUGGGGCUCUGGUCUCUGCUUCCAGAUUGCAUUGAUGGCCGCCCUGGGGGUCAUGGCCAAGAUCCGCGUGCCCUAUGCCCAUACAUCCCUGGAGAUCAUCCGCAUGCGAUACGGAUGGGUGGGCCACAUUAUUUACAUGAUUCUCAACCUGACCAACAAUGUGUUUGGCUGUGCGUCGAUGAUCUUGACUGGGUCGCAACUGAUCCACGGGGUCUCGGGCAUGAAUUUUGUCGCUGCGACUAUCCUGAUUCCGCUGGGAGUGGUGCUUUAUACCGCUGUCGGUGGACUCAAGGCGACUUUCCUGACCGACUUUCUCCACACGACAGUCGCGUUGAUUCUGAUCAUUUACUUCACUCUUUCCGUCUUAACCCACGAGGCUGUUGGCGGCUUGACCGGCCUCUACGACAAAGUCGUCGCUACUGCUAGCGAAAAUUACAUAUCGGGCAAUUUUGAGGGCUCACUUCUCACCAUGAAAUCCAAAGAUGCCAUCAUCUGGGGCUUGAUCUUGAAGUUUGGCAACCUCGCCCUGGUGGUCAUGCCGCAGGAUACUGCAUUCUGGCAGAAGUCAUUUGCCAGCGAGGUCAACUCCACUGUUCCCGCCUACAACCUGGCAGCUGUCGCCGUCUUCGGCAUACCGUGGGGUCUGGGGACGGUGAUCGGACUAUCGGCGCGGGCCUUGCAUAACACGCCUAUCUUCCCCACAUACCCUGGUCCCAUCACCGCCAGUGAAGUCAGCACGGGGAUGGUGAUGCCCUACCUCGUCAAAGCCUUGUUGGGUGAAGCCGGCAUGGUCGCCUUCUUUGUCCUGCUGUUCAUGGCGUUGACCAGCACCGUCUCCUCGUCCAUGAUCGCCGUCAGCAGCAUCAUCUCCUUUGACAUGUAUAAAACAUACAUUAACCCCACCGCGGGCGAUCGAAGAUUGCUGCAUGUCAGCCACCUGGCUGUCGUCUUCCACACCAUUUUUAUCACCGGCAUCUCCAUCGCCCUCAACUACGGGGGCGCCAACAUGACCUGGAUCGGCUAUUUCCGCCCAAUCCUUUCGUGUCCUGGAAUCAUCCCGCUGGGGUUAACGCUGUUCUGGUCGGGUCAGACCCGGCUGGCCGCCAUUCUGUCGCCCGUUCUGGGCUUCUUCACCGGCCUGGCCAUCUGGCUCGCCACCGCUCAGUUCUUGUAUGGGGCUGUGAACAUGACCACCACCGGCGAGGGCCUCCCAGCCUUGUACGGCGCCAUCGGCUCCUUCUUCUCCCCUGCUCUGUAUUCCGUACUCAUCUCCCUCUACCACCCCUCCACAUUCGACUGGCGGGAGUUCCUGCGCAUCGAGCUCGUCGCCGACCCGGAGCCACGGCCCACUGAAGACAUCCCCCCCGAACACCCCCCCGAACACCCCCCUAGCGAGAAAACCCCCAAAUCCCCCGACACGCAACUCGUCUCCCGCUCUGCAACCCCGGACUCCUCCCGUCUCAGUCUCGAUGAGGUCAUCCACCCAUUCUCCCCAGAGACGUUGCGAGACUUGUACCGCUGGUCGCGCAUCGCGUGGGCGACGUUCGUCGCGCUCGUGCUGAUCACCUUUGUGCUCUGGCCCAUGCCGCUGUAUCGGGAUUAUGUGUUCAGUCGGUCGUUCUUUGCCGGGUGGACGACGGUGGCCAUUGUUUGGCAGUUCUGCGCAUUUUUGGCGGUGGUGGUGUAUCCCUUGUAUGAUGGGCGGAGGGAGAUUGUAAAGGGCGUCCGGGGGGUGUGGGCUUCGGGGAGGGCAACGUGGGGGAGGUAUUGGAGGUAG